CGAAAACUAAAGACGUGACAAGCAAUUUACAAACAGAAAUUAUUACAAGUCCUAGCAUAAGUUUAAAUAUGGCGUCUGCAAUGGAUGUUGAUGAAGAAGAAGUUGAAUUACCUACCUCAAGCAGUUCCAAGGGUGAAAAAAAACGUUUUGAAGUUAAAAAAUGGAAUGCUGUAGCGUUAUGGGCUUGGGAUAUUGUAGUAGAUAAUUGUGCUAUUUGCCGUAAUCAUAUUAUGGAUUUAUGCAUAGAAUGUCAAGCAAAUCAGGCAUCGGCCACCAGUGAAGAAUGUACAGUAGCUUGGGGAGUUUGUAAUCAUGCCUUUCAUUUCCAUUGUAUUUCACGUUGGUUAAAGACACGACAAGUAUGUCCAUUGGAUAAUAGAGAAUGGGAAUUUCAAAAGUAUGGUCAUUAAUUUAAAACUUCUUGUCGACUGGUGCAUCAUAA